GCUUUUCCCUAAAGGAAUACGAAGAUAGCGUGAGGUCCCUUCAGGAGCAAGUACACCUCUAUAAUGGUGAGGCGAGACGACUGAUCCUAGAUCUGUGGACAAAGCAACCAAACAGCGGCAUUUCGUAGUGAACAGGUGCGCGGAGUUCUUCAACUACGCGCCUCUUUCACAUUCGGCGCUGGGAACAAGCGGCAGUUUUAUUGAUUCACUUCAGAGGAGUUUAAACAUGGGAAGGCAAAAUUUUUUCGUCCUCUGGUCCUUACGCGAGGCACCCCGUCAGUUCAUCAGAAAGUCCAAUCGCAAAUUCCACCAAGUCCAUGUCCCAUUACCACUGCCCAAACAAGUCGUGGUUUUCAGUCUUGGGGAAUGGAAGUUUCUAUCAAGCGAGACAACCAUCUCAAUUGAUGUUCUGGUGAGCCAGGACGUGAAGCCACAGAGGAUUGGUACUUUAUCAGCCCUCACAAGGUGCUUGACGUGGGAGGGAGAUUGGAACGCUGACCUUGUCAAAGAGGCAACAGAAAAAGGGAGGAGAGGUGUAUAUGGGAAGAUUUUGCUCACUGUUUGUGGAGAGAAUGAAGCCAGUUUCAUCAGCAAUAUUCCACUUGUGCCAAGAAAAUGCUCCAGCCCAGUUGAUCACAACAACAGCCAUCUUUCUCAAACUCAGCUCAACAACACUGGGAUUCAGAUGGUAAAUGACAAGAUUACAACCCUGAACUCCUCUCAACUUAAAAACAGCAUUUGCUAUGCUGAGCUUAAAACUGAGACGACAGAAAUCAAUGACUCCAAUUUAUCUGAGAAACCCAGUGUUUGGCCCACGGAUAAGACCCCCAGACAGACAGUGAUUGGGAAAAGGGGUCACUUUGCAUGGAGCCCUGAACAUUGUGAUACUACUCAGGAGGAAACUGGUCAAGCAUCUUGCUCAAAGAGAAGCAAGUUAUAUAACUUUGAUAAGACUGGAAAGUGGACAACGAAUUGCAAAGCAGUUUGUCCAUCAAAACGCUGGAGUCACUCCAUGGUUCUGAGUGACCCUGAAACCGCCAUUGUCAUUGGUGGAGAAGCUUCUGAACAGACCCCCUGUCUGGACUCUUUGUGGAAACUGGAGAUAGACAAUGACUUUUGGUUCCAAAUGAACUCCUUGACCUCUGGAACUGGCCCACUUUGUGCCUGUGGCCACUCUGCAACGUAUGACAGUGAAUCCAAGGCUCUCUAUGUGUAUGGUGGGUUGAGGGAGGGCCAGCGCUACAGUGAGCUCUACAUUCUCAACACAUUAACCUGGAAGUGGAAGCUUGUCACUGCUAAAGGGGAUGUGCCCAUGUUGGCGUAUCACUCUGCAACCAUCUACAACAAAGAGCUCUUUGUUUUUGGGGGAGUUCACCCCAGCCACUGUCAUGGAGGCAAGACAUGCAGUAAUGCUCUAUACAUUUUUAAUCCAGAGUUUGAGCUCUGGUACCAACCUAUCAUCGAAGGGGCCCGACCUCUACCUAAAUUUGGGCACACAACUACACUUUUGUCUAACCAGUUGCUGAUUUUUGGCGGCAGGACGACAGCCUCCUAUCUAAAUGACCUGCACAUUUUGGAUCUUGGCUUCAUGGAGUACACCGCUGUGAAAUAUGAGAACAUGCCACCACUACCUCGAGGAUAUCACGCAGCACUACCAGUGUCACACAACAGGAUGAUGAUCAGUGGAGGUUGCAGUGCUAUUGGAGCCCUGCAGGACAUCCAUAUCUUCAAUGUGGACACCAGUAUGUGGAGUUCAGUGGUGUCCCCUUUGCUCUGGACCAAGCCGCGCGCUGGACACAGCAUGAUACAUUUGGAAGGUUCUGUCCUAUCCAGUGCUGACAAACAGAAGCAGGGGGAGGAUGCUAACACCCACUAUACCCUGUUGGUGUUUGGGGGCUGCGACUGUGCCGGGACCUUUUACAAUGACACAGUGAAGUGCACGUUGGAGAUCCCUGACGAAAAGAGGGGACCUUAGGAAGAGAAGUUAGGAAAACCUUUUUAACCCUGUCUUGUUCACAGAUCCUGAAUGAUGUGCCAUGAGAGGGCUGGGACAAGUCUUCUGUGUGGUUCCUUUCGGCUGGGAUGACCCCUUAACGCAGUAAAGUUUGCUUUGUGAUGUAGUCUGGCCUGAUUAUGGUUAUGAAAGUUAUGGUGCUGUGAAACAUUUACAUGGACUUUCCUUUUAAGAAAUUCUCAGCAAUGUGUAUAUUCAUAUGGUAAUGCAUAAAGCACUUUCAUUUAAUGUUGAUAAGCUUGGUUUAAUCAACCACUGCUUGAUUUUAGAAGUUCUGCUAUUUUACUAAAAAUGUCUUUAAAGUACAUACUAAAACCGUGUGGAGUAACAUGACAUUAGGCAGCUAACUUUGUGAAAUGAAUCACUUAUGUUCAUAUUUUCACAUUUUAUAUUCUAUUUGUCUUCAAAUCCACCGUUGUAUGUUAAGAUGGAGGGAAUGUACUGAUCAGAACAUUAAAAGUUACAUAUUAAAAAAUGUUUUCUUC